CUUUGCGCGUCUGGUCUCGCGGGGUCAGGCCAGUUGGCAACAGACCAUCGAGCGGGUCGCGUGCGCGAGUCCGCGGCCGCGUUGUUCUCCCUUUCCCGUCGUCACCCCUCGAUCGUCCCGUCUGUUCCGUUUCUCUUUUCUCUCUCUCUCUCUCUUUUUCUCUCUAUCUCGGAGCGUUUCUCGGUCUCUGGCGUUUACGCGUCGCAGCGGCUGCCCGCUGCUGGAGUAAGCGCGUCGUCCCUCCCGUGCGAGGAGCCAGGAGGAGAUUGUCGUUGUCAUCAUCAGCACUACGCUGCGCCGACCGUCGGCUGCCAUGGGGCCCGUCGACGGGAUCAUUUGACCCACGGGAACGACUCCAGGCUCGUCGGUGGGAUCGUGAGCAGACUCGCGUGAGCGCUACGAAUCGGCAUGCACUGCCUAGGUGCGGUGACGGGAGGAGGCACCUCCAGCCCGAACGGGGCUGGCGGUCGGGGUGGUAUUCUUAGUGUGUUUCGAGCCCUUGGAGUCCUUGUGUGCGAAGGGAGAAUCCAGGGCCCUCCGCGUGGCUACAAAGAGGGCCCACACUGCGCACCGCCUAUGCAGGCGGUUCCAAACGACCACGUGUGCGAGGAGAACAACUAUCUGUGCAAUCGAUAUCGAGUACUAAUUCAGGAGAUCACGGAACGCCUCACUAUUGGAUCGUACCUGUGCGUGGAGGUGCUUUUGUGCAGCGAUUGUCCGUGUGGUUUGACAAAGUCCACCUGCAAAUAUCCCGUAUAUCCCGUGCCGUCCUUACCUAUUUCACCAUGGCAGAAAUGUGCUUCGGAAAUGUUACUGGAGUAUUGGUGUAUCUGCGUUGUUCCGAGCAAAAGUCAAGAACCAAUGAAUUUUCAAGGAUUAUAUCAAGCAGUGCGUUCGCGGUUACACUUCAGCCAGGUUGCAGCGUGGUGGUCACGCAGCAACGGCACGGAACCGAGCUACAUCACCACCCGGAUCGUAUCGCACAACGAGGAUAAUCUUAGCAAGUUCCGAGAGACGUUUGUGGAGCAUACCUUCCCUUUGGCUGGUAAUGGUGACGGAAAUUCCAUCAAAGUAACUAUGUGGGCACUGCCGCGGAUGGAGGAAGUGCCCAUACUUACGUGUUCAUUGCAUCCGAAAAAGGAAAAGGAUGAAGAGGAUAUUGCGAGGGCGUUAACGCCCACCAAGAGCAACCCAAUGGGAUCCGGCAGCGCACAAAAUCCAGAAGGUCUCGUCUUACCUGUUCUCGUGGACGACAGACUGCAAACUACUUGUAACAAAUCUGGAAAGCAUGACUGUCGUUGCGAAGAGGAAGACGCAUCUCCUCUAUCGCCUACCAUCAGAUCUAAUGGUGAACGGAAACGUCGACGAUCGCUUCCCUGUGGCCCGGCGGAGAAUCUUUGCGUGACUUUGCAACCGGCACCGUUGCCGUCCGUUCAAGAACACGAUUUAUUACAAGAGAUAAGGGACAACACCAAUCCGAGAGGCUCUGCCGAAAUGAUAAACAACCGUAGCGUCAUGAGAACUACUCAAACUAAAUUAGAAAACAAGAACGAAGUGAGGACUCAUAACAACCGGAACUCAGAUCUCGAACGCUAUUUCAAGAUGCAUCUUAAAAUUGAAGAACUUGAGGGUAACUUAGAGAAACGCUGCAAGCAUACGAUGACAGAAGUCACCAAGGAGAUUGCCAAUUCAAAGAUCGAGGAAGGCUACAAUAAUUCCGCUAAAAAUUCGACUAAUCUCGGAAGAGAGCCCGGUAGCUCCUCUGAUAUCAUAUCUACGGCAAAGAGUGGUGGAAUAUUGCACAAUCUCAGUCCUUUCGCUCCCACAAGUUGGUCCUUCGUCUCCUCUUGGCAAAAUAGCAAUAUGAAUAGUAAGUUUCAAAGCUUUCGCAGUACAAAAGAAGCUCGUUUCAACGAGUCCGAAAAAAAUUACAAGCCGCCGAUUGUUACAUCCAAUUACGCUUCAAUGAAUCCCUACGCUCAGCCCAAUCCCUUUCACGAGUCAAAUCCUGGACCUUCAACGCAUAAAUGGAUGCAAAAAACGUUGGACAAUUCCGCUUGCAUCGUACAUCAAAGUUAUCCCAAAAAUAGCCAUAAGAUCGUCGCAGAGGCGCAAGUAUCGGCUGGUCAAGACGCAUUGGAGAUUAACAAGGAAGAUAGUACUGUUAAAAGUAGUCAGAGAAAAAUUGGAAAGUCGGAUUUAAAUCAAUUAAUGUGGAAACUGUCGGUUCCGGAUGAGAAAGAAAAGAGGGAAGAAGGAGGAUUACUAGAUUGGUUUAGCAAAGUACCUGGAAGAGUUCUGGGUGUUGCGGCAACGAAGGGCUACGUUGAUAGCAACAAGAUGAAGAAUGAAAGCCUGAAACAGCCAGAGCAUCCGGGUACGGGGCAGCAGGGUUCUAACGAGAUCAAGUUCAAGAAUCUCGAAUUGAGCCAACGGGAGGUCAACGAAGUGUUAGCGGUAUUGCGAGCGAGGACCCCGUCGGGACGUAGGAGGACCACCGUUAAGAAUGUGAGAAAACGCGGAGAGCGAUCUGAAAGGGGCAGCGAUGACGCGACGGAAAAAAUUACAACAAAAUGCACGAGUUGGGAGGAUGGUAUAGUUCGGAGUAAUUCGAUAAAUCGCCACGUUGGAACGGUUCGUACGUUUAAAUCUUGCGAUGAUUGUAGUCGUGGGCUGUGCAAAAAAAUAGAUCAUCAGGUACCGGAAGAGCAGCCAAGUCCUCUCGACCGGAUCUAUUAUGACAAGAAUGUUUAUCGGCCCGCAUGCUCGAAACUUGCCGAAAGCACCAAAUUAAAUGAGAAUGCGCAAGCGAAAGUACACGCGAGCGAGGAUGCGGACCGUUUGCAAAAUGUUUCUACCAAAGCUGACGUGCUUCUCGGAGCCAUUCUACGGACCAGCAAAGACCGAAAAGACAUGUCGGAUAUCUCAUCAAACGGGACCAGACCGAGGUCGACGUGUAACAUUGACGAUGACAGUAGCGACGACGAUUCUCACUUUUCGAGCAUUGAUAAACUCGAUCAGCAGGACCAUACGACCAACGACGAGAAAUCCAUGCCAUUGAAUAAGAGAUUCAAUCGGUUCCGACAGAUGUUUAAGAAAGAGGUGGACAAGAGAAUCGCUUUGAUAGCGGAGGAGAGUUCCUCUUCGUCGGAUUCCUCACAGAGUCCGAUGCGAUCGCAACGCUUCAAUACGUCAUUUCGCUGUAACAACGAACAACCAAAUCUGCAUAGCGCAAGGUAUAGCAAGACAAGACGGCGAAUUGAUUUUGCAAACUUCCCAGAGGCUAUCGAAGAGAAAGAGGAUGCUGCGACGUUCAGUACAAAAGACGCACAUCAAAAGCCACGUAGUAUGCAUAGUACAAAUAAUAAUGAUCGCGAGUGCGAUUCCGAGGGCCUAAACAACCAGCAGAAUCAUUGCGACAGGCGGCUACUCGAAGAUACGAAGGAACCUUUUAAGAAUAAAGAGCAGGACGAGAAUGCAAAGGACAUCGCUGCUCUUCAGAUGAGCAAUUUGAUUACUCCAAUUAUUCCGCAAAGCGGACAUUCGUCUUCCAAGCUACGAAGCAACAAUCACAAGGACAGUAUCGCGGAGACAGGAGACGACGAAACUGUCGACAAGAGCGUGCCGUCCGCGCUCGAGCAGGAGAGAUUCCGCAGAUCCUUGGAGAACGCAGCAUCGAUGGUAUUCCAUAGCAGGACUGGCUUGCCGUUGACCUCUAGUCCAGCACCGUUGAGAAGGGGUAGCUGUUGCUUCGACUACGACAGCAGCUUGAAUUCCGUCUCUUCCAAAAGAAACGCGCUGUUCGAAUUAAAUACACCACCGAGUCCGGGCGCAGUCUCGCUGGAAGAAACUGAUCGUGAUGCGGAAAACGUCGGUGAAGGCGAGGAGACACCCAAAAGACGUUCCAGCUCCCGUCAUCGACCGCAGAGUCACGCUCUUCUAGGCAGCUUCGAGGAAUCGGCGUUGAACGGUAGACUCGAACCGGUGUCCACGGUUCAUGGUUUCACAGCGGAACUCGGGGCCAGCGGUUCCUUCUGCCCAAAACACCAGAAGCUUCCAGUCACUGUGUUCUUCUACACACUUGGUGACAACGAUAAAGUCUCCACACCAUACCUUGCUCACAUUAAUCUUGAGAAAAAGGGUUAUCAAGUACCAAGAAGUGGCACCGUUCAAGUAACUUUACUGAAUCCGUUGGGUACCGUCGUUAAGAUGUUCGUAGUACUGUACGAUCUUACCGAUAUGCCGCCGCGAUCUCAUACUUUUUUACGUCAAAGAACACUGCGGGACAAAACACUACGCUACCUCGUUCACCUUAGAUUUAUGUCCAGCAAAUCAGGUCGAAUUUACCUGCAUACGGACAUCCGUAUGAUCAUCUGUCGGAAGUCGGACGUGGACACGGCGUCGGACUUGGGCUCGGAACCGCCGAAAGAACUCAGGAGUUACAUCCACGGUCCUACAAAUCCGAAAUUUUCGCCAAGGUGCUGAGCCACGUGGUACUUUCCAUGGGGCUGCUGCCAAUCGUUCCGCCCGCCCAGUCCUCUUCAAGUCGAACUGUGAUCGACAAAUGAUCGAAUAAGAUCAAAUUAGAAAUCAAUUUUUGUUCUUUUAACCCUUUGCGGUUAACGAUAUAGACAAGUACAAUUUGUUGUGCUAGUUUUAAAAAACAAUGAAUGUUCAUAUUGUUUAUUAUAAUUACUCAUUGGCACAAUAGUAGAAACAAGUUAUUAUGUUAAUUAAUUGUAAUAAUACUAAGCUAAUGUAACUCUGAAGAUCAUGAUAAAACAUUAUUUAUUUCUAAAUUAUUUUCGCAAAGGGUUAGAAGGCGAUUGAGAAUCGAAAAAGCUCGAGGAUACAAUGAGAGGAAUUUGAAAGAUUACGAAUGAAUUUAACCACUCAUGUUGGAAUAACAAUUCGGAAUAUACUUCUUCUUCUUUUCUUUAUGGAAAAAGUUAUAAGUUCAGGUUUUUUGCGUUGGCCGGCACAAAAUUAAAUUAAAAUUAACUCUUCAAUUUUGGCAAUUCCAACACGAAUGGUUUGUAAAUUGACUUGAAAUUGCGAUUAUACUCCUGGUCUCAUUUUGAUCCGUGGUUGCAGUCUAGAAGCUGAAGAUAGAUACAAUAGGAUAAGUUCGCGCAGUUUUUCAUUUUUAAUUUGUUUUUGUAUUAUAAUAUAUAUACAUAUAUUAUAUGUGAUAUAUAUACAUAUAUAUUUAUAUUUAUAUAUAUCUGUAUAAUUCGAAAAUUCGAUUAAAUUAAACCGAUUAGUCUUUCAAUUUUCGAUCUAGCGUAUAGUAACCAUGAAAAUGAAAAAUCAAUCGACUUAAAACUCGCAUUAGGAAUUUAUUUUGAAAUUUUCUGUCCUGUGCGUCUAUUGUAAUUACUGUUGGUAGUACAUGUAUCGAUAAUAAUUUCAUUUAAGGAGUUCAUCGCAAGUUGGACGAUCUCGUUGAGAGGCCAUUUUUCUCAACUUAUUGCUGUAAAUAUAGUCACGCGUAGAGAGUAAGUUGAGUAAGAAUUUUUAAGCAGGAUGAUAUAUAUAUAUAUAUAUAUAUAUAUAUAUAUAUAUAUAUAUAUAUGUAUAUGUAUAUGUAUAUGUAUAUAUAUAUAUAUAUAUAUAUAUAUGUAUAUGUAUAUGUAUAUAUAUAUACUGCCAUUGUGUGUGUGUGUGUGUAGCACUCUACGUUUAAUUGAAAAAAAAAGUGAUAUGAGCGUGGAAAAACAUUGACGAAUUCGGUCUCGCGUUCCGAUGGAGUUAUUAAAUCGAGAAAGAUCAAAAACGUGUUGUGAUCUAACUGUACGUGCAAUGGAAAGUACAAAGUUUAUUCGUGCGUUACCUUGUGUGUUUCUACAGCGAAUCAUUGUAAUUUCCAAUGAGGAGAAAAAAAAACCCGAGAAAAAGAAAUCAAAAGUUCUUUUCCCGGAAAACAAAAUGUGAUUUUUGUGAUUUGCGUGAUUGUGAUUUGUUUCUCUUUCCUCCUUGCGAUUCAACGAGCGCGAGAAUGAACGCGAACGACCGAAACUCGUGAGUUUUUCCCGGGAGUAAAAAAAAAUGAUUAUUUACACAUAUAUAUGUAUAUAUACAUAAACCAGAACACAAUCUUUGUGUCCGUAGCACUGUGAUGAAUAUUUUGAUAGACUAUAAAAAAAAAGAGUAAUUAUUAUUAUAGAAUAACUAUUUCUGACUAGCAGACACGUCAUAGAUUUAAUCGAUUCUACUAAUACGUCGUGCGAGAAAAUAUAAUCGUGCGUAAUUUACUAACUAGAUGCAAGGUUGAUAAUGCCCGUUUUAAAGUAAACGAACGUGACAAUUCGCGUUUUCCUUUAUUUUUCUAAAGAUGUGCGCCACGUAAAUCAACGCGGAAGAAUCACGCGAAUGAUUAGGAAAGCCUUAUCUUUGGUCUUUCAUCAGCGAAUAUUUUAUCUGUUACUUACAAGGAUGCUCAUGACGCGCGAAUCUUCAGGUCUUUCUUUUUUUCUUCGGGAACAGUUAAUGUAUUUUUUUUUCGCGAAGAAGGAAACACAAUAUACCUGCAAAUAUAAUCUUUCUGUGUAAAAUGACUUUUGAUUAUGUGUCAAUACAUCAAUGGUUAAAUCUACAAUAAAAUAAGAGAGAAAUUUUUUUAUAAGCCUACAUAAACUUUUGUGAAAUACAUAAUAAUAAUAAUAUACAUAUAUAUAUAAAUAUAUUAAAAAAUUAUAUAUGUAUAUAUAUAUAUUUUUUAAUAAUUUAUAUUAUUAAGAACUUUAAAUAUUGUAGUUUUUUGCGGUUUAUAAAAAUUGCAAUAUUUAAAUUCUUUAUGGAGUUAUUUAUAGAAUCAUAAAUCUACUCUGCUUUAUACGCGCGAAAGAUGAAGGAAGUUCACGUCAUGAGCUUGCUACAUUGAUCGGUGAAUGUUUUAGUUAAUUUUAGAAAGGAGUUUCGCACGAUUAAAGUGAAGUGUCAAAAGUGAGAGAAUAAGGCUUCGUUAUCGUUCGCGUCUUUCUCAUCAUGAAUUAGAGGAAGGCAGCUUUCACUCCUCAAAAAAAAAAAAAAAUUAACUUUGUAGGAUAUCGCGGUAUAUAAACAAGGUCGCUGUACGUAUAAAGAGAGAGAUUAUUUUUAAUCGUUAUUUUCUAGCGGAGCAAUGGAAUAAUCGUAUAUACGCAUAUAGCAAUCAAAAGCAUAAGAAUUGCACAUUUUAAUUUCGGUCACGAGAGAAAUAUUUCGAUGUUCCCUUCGUAUCUGAUUUUAUAUUUGUUCUUAUUUCUUUUUAGAGAAAUAUUCUUCUUACAAAACGAUUUUAAACUCUCCGAUUCUUCUAAAUUUAUUUUUCUUCAGAAUAUACCGAAAUCUUUCACACAGAGAUAUUUAAAAUCUUUUAUCACAGUAUUUAAAAAAAAUUUUAUCUUUAUUCCCCGAGAAAUUUUUUACGAUUAAAAUUUCUCUUUUUUAAUUCAUAACAAACGUUAUGAUACUAUAUAAUUUACGCACUUCUACAUACGUAAAAGUAUCAGUAACAGAGAAAGGAAAUAAAUCUUGAUUCCUUUUCUUGAUUUCUUGUACAAUUGUAAAUUAACUUUCUCAAUUAUUUGCGAUUAUGAAUGAAUCGCGAAUUCGCAGCAAUUGAAUUAUUUCCUGCACAUUUUUCUAUUAAAGCUGAAACGUCGUAUAUUCCGAUGCAAGGAUGAAGAUUAAACUCGUGCACUUUUCCGUAAUUCGCCAGAUCGAUUAGCUAGAUACGUGUCUUUUGAACAGAGAGACGAGUUCCGAAACAUUGUACAGAAUGAUGAGGCGAGAACGAUCGCGCCUCUUGUUUAACGAGAACGACUGUAACCGUUGUUAAAUACAUUUUGUCGAUGUUUUCUUUUUUGAAAAAUAAAGUAGAGUGUCGAGACGAUAAUUAUCAUGGUAAAUCGAUCGUUGAAGUUUAUUCAAAGGACAAAUCCUAGCUCAGAUCCGUAGACAAAAUUGCGAGAGCAACGAGUACCGUAGAGCAUAGUGAAUGGCAUGGAUAUGUAAAUAUAAUAUAAUAUCACUGCCGUGUUCGUUGUAUGUAACUUAUAUAGGGUGGCGUAAAAAAAAAAACUAUCAUCCCGAUGGGUCCUUGCGUCGGCGGCGACAAGAGUUUCGAUUAGCGACAAAGCAACAGCAGAUGUUGGUCGCGCUUUACCAAAGUACAAUAAAGCUCUGCGAGUUCUAGCUCCCGCGCUAUCGACAAGACUCUCGUCGUCGACGAUCAAGACCCUCCUAUUUCUUGCGCCAUCCAGCAACACAGGUGACCACCUCUUACGGCGAUUGUAAUCGAAUUUAGCUGUAUUUUUCUGGCUUGGUCGAGAUCUUGUUAGUAAAGUUUAUCGAAAAGUAUAAAAUACAUCAAACGAUAUGUGCA